AUGGCGCCCAUCGUCUCGUCGCGCGACUAUGACGCGUCGGCCGACUCUAUCCUCCCUUCACACAACUAUGCCGCUAAAGACCCAAUGUCCUCCAACAACCCGUACGCCUCGAACGGCUCCCAGCCAUAUGGCAACCAGCCUAAAAAGUCGCGCAAGAAGCUGUGGUGGAUCAUCGCCAUCAUCGUCGCCAUCGUCGUGAUCGUGGCGGCCGUCCUCGGCGGUGUCCUCGGCACCCGCAAGUCGUCGUCGUCGUCGUCCUCGUCCAAGGACAACAGCUCUGGCACCAGCGGCGGAAGCUCGUCGUCGGGCGCGGACCGUGGUUCGGCAUACUCGACCGGCACUGUCGGUGCCAGCACUGGCAACACUGCUCUCCCCACUCUCCUCGACUACCUCGGUUCCAACAUGGCCGCCCAGACCCAGACUGGUGUCGACGGCCAGGUCUACCUCGCCGUGGCCACUGACACGUACAUGCUGCCCGCCUACGCCACUGGUACCUACACCGACAACCUCGCUACCCCGACCACGGACGCUAGCCCCGCCGCGAACGGCGCGUGGCCCACCGACCCUUCGCCUCCUUCCAACUCGUCUAUUCGCGCCCACCCGCGUCUCAUUGCCCCCGGCUACAAGUGGGAUGCUCUCACCGGUGGCCUGAUCGCCGGCGACCCUUACCUGUCGUACUGGAACGCUACCAUUGUCGCCAACGCCUCGAGCACCCUUUCCGAGGACCCCACGGCCUACGUCACGGACGGUGGUCUCUCCGGUUCCGGUGUGCUUGACGUUGCCCGCGAGAUUAAGAUGAAGGUCAAGAACUGGGCCUACGCUUACCGCGUCACCAACGAGACCAAGUACGCCGACCGUGUCUGGCUCGAGCUCCAAACCGCUGCCGGCAACACGUCGACCUCGUUUGGUGACGGUGUUUCGCGCUGGAACGGUGCCGACCACUUCCUCGACCUCGCCGAGUUUUGCAACGCCUUUGCUAUCGGUUACGACUGGCUCUACGACUUCUGGACCGACACCCAGAAGGCCUACCUCCGUGACUGGAUCGCCACCAUGGGUCUCCAAUACGGUGUCAACGCGUACCAGGGCAUCAACGGCGGCACCGCGUACAACUGGUGGACUGGCCAGACCCCCGGUGUCGGUGGCUCCGAGGUCAACGGCAACUGGAACUGUGUCUGCAACGGCGGUCUUCUCCUUGCCGCACUCGCCAUUGUGGACGAGGACACCACUGGCCUCGCCGAGACCCUUAUCCCGCUCACCCAGGCCUCAAUGAGGACCAACUGCUUCCAGGGUGCCCACUCUGACGGCACCUGGGCCGAGACUGCCAACUACUGGUACUUUGGUACUACCGGAGCCGCCGAGGCCGUCUCUGCUCUGAUCACCGCGUACGGUGACGACAGGGGCCUUGCCGAGGAGAACCCGGGCUGGAACCUCACCUCGCUCUACCACAUCUACGUCCAGGGCAUGACCUCGCUCUUCAACUAUGGUGACCACGGACCCAACAAGUACUCUACCACCGCCAACUCGCUGAUGCUCUGGGCUAGCGUCUUCAACGAGCCCCGCUACGCUCUCUACCAGCGUGACCACUACGACGCGUCCGAGCCCUGGUCCAUGUUCUGGUACGACCCUGCUCUGCAGGGUGCGUGGUGGAACGGUCUCCCGAUCGACCACCACUUUGACGACACCAAGGGCGAGUGGGCCACUGCCCGUUCGUCGUGGUCGGACAACUCGGGCACCUACUGGGCCAUCAAGGCCGGAAACCUCACUGGCCACCAGACGCACGGUGACCUCGACCUCGGCGACUUUGUCUUUGACGCCAUGGGACAGCGCUGGGCCGGUGACCUCGGCUCGGGCCAGUACCUUUCCACCAACUACUUCUCCAACGAGACCCAGGAGUCUGAGCGUUGGGACUACUACCGCAAGCGCACCGACGGCCAGAACAGCAUCAUCAUCAACUAUGCCAACCAGCUCGUGACCGGUCUGCCCACCACCAACUGGGGCUCGUCGGGCACUGCCCAGGGUGCCGCCCCUUACCUUUCCGUCGCGACCGACGACACUGCCUUCUUCACCAUGGACAUGUCGUCUGCCUACGCGUCCGGCACCGUCAAGCGCGGUAUCCGUUUCCUCAACGGCCGUCGCCAGAUGCUUCUCCGCGACGAGAUCUCGGGCGCCACCUCGGGCGAGGACAUUAUGUGGCGCAUGCACACCAACGCUACCGUCUCGACGUCGGGCGCGACCGCCACGCUCACCCUCGACGGCAAGACUGUCCAGGUGGAGAUUCUCAACGCCAGCCCGUCGACGCUCGCGUUCUCGACCGAGGAUGCCGUGCGUCUCUCGCAGGACGGCUCGAUCCCCACCAACGGCUCGUACGACGUCGACCUGCCCAACGUCAACACCACCGUGCUCGUCAUUGACAACACUGCCGGCGGCUCGUUCACCGCCGACGUCCUGUUCACGCCCCAGUGGCCCGACCUGUCGUCGAGCGACUACGUCACGACCGUCUCGAGCGUCGCCAUUGACUCGUGGUCGCUCACGAGCCACAACUAG